AUGUGGCGUCAUGCAUUUUCACGCUCAGCUGCCAUUCGCCAGGCAUGUCAGCGGAGGACUCGGCGAGAGAAACCUACCGCGGUUCUGGCUGGGUUUUCUUCUCUUUCUUCAUUGUCACAAGCAGAAAUGGGCAUUGUGAGCAGACCUGUGUAUUCGACUUUAGGGGAUCUUUCCCGAUGCCCGUCUGCCGCCGCGUCAAAGUGUGUCCUGUCCCCAAUGGUGAAACGCAUGGAACCUUGUGUUGAGAGUAACGUGCCAACACAGGUCAGAAGCACGUCAGAAGGACUCUCGUUUUUCACCAGUUCUUCAUCUACCGCCAUCGUGCCCGACAUAUCCCCUGAACAGAAGUCUGGGUUUCUCCCAAAACCGGGUUAUGUCGUGCUAACACCGCCUGAUCACAAGUACAUUGAGGCGGAACUGAUUUCCGGGGGACAGUUUGCAGUGAUUACGUUGAAUAGGCCGGAUGCUAAGAACGCAAUAAAUCAAGAAGUUCUCAAAGAGUUUGAAACGUGCUUAAAUCUCGUAGAUGCCCAUGCGGAAAAAGAAUCCGAUUUCCAUGCGCUGCUUAUCCGAUCGGCAGUCCCCGGAGUGUUCUGCGGUGGUGCAGAUUUGAAGGAAAGGGUGGGCAUGACCUGCGAAUCCAGCAGAGAAUUUGUCGAUCGCUUACGCUCGUGUUUCGAGCGUCUUUCCGAAGUGCCGUAUCCAACAAUAGCGUGCCUGCACGGAGCCGUCAUGGGGGGUGGUCUCGAACUCGCUCUCGCAGCAGAUUUCCGCGUUGCUUCUGUGCGUCCUCCUCCGUCUACACUUCCCCCUCGAGACUUGUUUGCCCCUCUUUCCAGUCCAUGUCACCCUAAAGACGACGGCGAAAAGCCUCAGUCGGCGUCACUGAAGUCGCGGGUUACUCGCCAACAAUCUCAGAAGAAGGACCUCCCCUUGAGGCCGGCUCUCGAGCAGGCGACGCACCUGUCGCCAGACGCCGGUCUGAGUAGAACGCAAGAACAAAACAGUCUGAGCUCCGCAGGUGAGAGUUCCCACGGAAUUUGCGACCCGCCGGGAGUCGUGGCGAGCGUUCGUAAGGGUGAUUUGGAAAAGAGCGCCGCGAAACAUCAUGAGAAAGGCGGCGCAGCUCCGCCCUUGAGCCCGCGACAAAGAGCGGCACUCGCUCGGAAGUCCUGUUCGUGGUGUUCCUCACUCGAGUUGUGCCUCCCGGAAGUUUCUCUGGGCACGAUGCCCGGUGCCGGCGGCACACAGAGGCUGUGGCGCGUAGUAGGUCCUCAGAAAGCGAAGCUGCUGCUCUUGACGGGCGGGAACGUUGGACCGAAGCAAGCUGUCCAGUGGGGCUUGGUCGACGUCAUGGCUGGCCACAACGAAGAUGAGGUUUGCAAGAUAUGGCGGUUCAGUCCGGGCCUGAGGCGCCACAAAGCCGACAGGGGGGAACCGGGUUUCCCGCGCGGAGGGAACGAGACGGAAGAGAAGCAGGUUGCGCAGCGGAUUGUCCUCGAGGCGAGGAGAAAUCGGUUCGAAAGUAGGCAGGCGCGCACCGCAGGCCAGGCAGAAACCGGCGCAGGGCCGGGCGACAGCGAUGUUUCAGGGAGCCGAGACCUUCCACAACAACACGAAGCAGCACUGGAGAGUGCUACAGAUGCCAUUCCCGCACAUCAGAAGAAAAGUUCGUUUGAAACGGAAAUCCCGGAUGCGGAGUGGGAGGGAGAAGAUGCGUUUCGUGUCGGAAUACGCCUCGCCUGCCGGCUCGCGUCGUUGGCCCCCCUCUCGGUGAGAGUCACCAAGCAAACGGCAAAUUCCGCAGUCGAUGUGAGUAUGAAAGCGGGGCUUGUCCUCGAGGGCAAAGCGUAUGACAGAGUCCUCUCGAGCGAGGAUCGGAGCGAAGGGCUGCUGGCGUUUAGGGAACGACGCAAACCCAAGUUUAAGGGGAAGUAG